AUGGUGUUGUUCAAAGGGAUCCACGAUGCAGUGCAUUCCAGGCCUUCACGUCCGCAAGUAGAUGCUUGUAGUUUCUCUGCUGCAAUUUGCUUCACGUUAGCAAGUAGUGGACUCAAACUCUUUGAUGGGGCAAGCCACGAACAUAAAAACAGUGAACACUCAGUAGCCCAUCCACUCCGUCAUAAAGACAAUGAGUCCCAUACGUCUAAGGUAGAGCUGGGCUCUCUAUUCAAGGAGGAUGAGCAAGAGCCAAGCCGCCUUGAUAGCAAUGGAGUUGACAGUAAAGAGCCCCUUAGCACUAGUGCUUCGGGCAAGGGAGCCGAUGUUACUUCUUCUGAAGCCCCUGCUGGUAAUCCUUUUAAUAUCCUGUCGUCUAGCUCCUUCGAAACAAAGAAGGGACCAUCCACAAGCCAUCUCGAAUCAUCUAUCCUACAUAAUGCAUUUUUCACAAAGCCAGAGUUUGAUUCUAAGUCUGUUUCAUCCACUCGUUCCGAGUUUACUGCAGUCUACCAUGUAUCGUCUGUGACAGAAUAUACUUCGAAGCCUGGCUCUUCUGACUCGUACGGAGAUUCAAAGAAAGGACUAAAAGAAAAUGGAGGCAAGCCGGCGGCCGGAGCCAGGAGCCAAAAGCCUUCGACUCUUGACAACAAUGAAGGCAUGCAAAAAUAUAAUUGGACCACUUUUGGUUCAGCAUCAGUAUCUCGGCACAGUCCUAGUUCGCAUGGGAACUUAAGCAAAGAAGUAAAAGAAAAAGAACUUCAGCAGAUGGCAAGAGCCACAGGGCUGCAGUUACCAACUGUCGACAACAAGCAUCAAACCCCAACAUCGCAUCGUGCGCCUCAUAAAGCCUUAGAUAAGGCUUAUGAAAAACUCACUCACCAAUCUUCGAUCAAGCCCUCUCAGAGUCAUUCGAGUGACGCGUCAGGAAGCUUGAAUGAGGCAUCGUACUCUUCAUUUGCAAGGCACUCCGCUGCAUCGAUCCAAAACUCACCCGCACCUUCUCCCGAGCACACCAAUAAGGUUAGCAAACGUGAACUGGGACCUACCAAGGAGCGUGAACCAGAGGCUGCCAAGGAAUGCGAAUCGGAGGCUGCCAAAGAGCAAGAACUGGUGGCUGACAAGGAACGUGAAUCGGAGACUGCCAAGGAACGCGAAUUAGAGGCUGCCAAGGAGCGCGGAGUGGAUAAGCAUCAGGGCAUCUUGGACAGCACUAGCACUAAAUCAAUCGAGCGCAAGGAGGAUAUGGUUCACUUGAAGCUAGCCGCGCCCGAGCUCAAACGCCGCCACGAUGUGACCAAACCUGCUGUUGCUGAUAGCGCAACAGCUUCGAGUACCCAUAACCAGCCUUUACCGCCUGUAUCCGUGAUUCAAAGUAAAUAUCUUAGACAGUCGAGUUCUAAUUUUGUUCCCAGUGAACAUCGUCAUGAGCUGAGCACUUGUUCCUCACCAGACAAUCCAGACAACUCAGAAGAACAGUAUUUCUUACUAGAUGAGACUGAGUCACCUAAUUCGAAUCAUGGCUCUGGUAUGAGCGGUAUAAAUAAUAACAAUAAGAAUACCGAUCUCUGUUUUAAGGCAAAUACAUCAACCCUUACCCCGUCUAUCGAAGCCUACAAAAAGGACAUUGUAACUAUUGGCUCUCCUGUUCCCACAACUAGUACCACUGGAGCGACUGUUAGGACUCCUGCGUCUCAGCCUCAUGAGGAUCAUGCUUAUAGGCUCAAGCCUUCUAAGGAGGCUACCGCGGCCUCUACUGCAAACGCCACUGCUCCCAAGGCCCAAGUUACCAGCGAUUCAUCUAGAGCUGAGAGGGGUCCCAUGUCGGUUGUGCCACCAGCUGGGGCUCCAGCCUAUGAUCGUCAUCACGCUACGGUGCAUUCGCAUAAUGAAAGGAAUGACUCACGUCCUAUCCAUAGCGCUGCAGGCCCUGCUGCGGUAUCGCCUGUUGCGAGGGCUGCUCUCCCUUCAGCCGCAUCCAGAAACAUGCCACAACAAAAUGAAAUCAAGACUGUUACACCUACAGCUGUCCCUCCCACUGUGACCAUUCCUACUACAACCUCAAAGUCGGACCGGGCAGAGCCACACAAAUACCAGGAGCAGCGCCAGCAAACAGGUUCAGUGAAGGAAAAUGAUGAUAUUACAUCAGCUAAGCCUGUAUCGACCCAGCCCAAAAUCGACCCAACUUUACUGGCCACACCAACAACCAAGCCGAUGAUAGUAGGAAUGCAGGAGGCGAAGAUGCCUAGUCGCCCGCCCGCGCCGAAGCCAUUAUCUGCUCAAACACAUGGUGCUUUGUACAAUAAUAGCGAGAUUACGCCUACGCCACAGAUACACGAGAAGUCAAAUUUUGCUAAACGCUCUCCUGUAUCUGCAUCUAUGGAUACAGCAGUAUCGCAUAAUCAUAUUGAUUCUAUGAAAGUCCCAGUAGCUCAACUCCCUAAAAAAGAGCAGGAUACCAAGAUUUCUCCCAUCUCGAGCCUAGCUUCGGACAAUAAGGAUAAGGAUAAGUAUAAGGGUGAAGACAUGAAUAAUAGUAAUGCUAAGGGCGACCUGACGGCAGAGAAGCUCGAACCCGUUCCUCGGUCCGUGAUUCCUCCCCAACAAGAGUUAGCUGUUAGCAACUCCGCCCAAGCGCCAAUUACUACAACAAAGUCAGUCUCUUUACCCAUCCCUGCACCCCGUCCCGCCACAAUGGUUUCUGUUGCUGCUGUGCCUGCUGCGGCCUUAACGCCCGACAGGCACGGCACUGAGCUUAGCCGCGAUGUCAAAAAGUUGAAGACUAAUGAACAACAACACCAGCAAGGCCAAGAACACAGUAAUGUGAACGCCCAGGUACCAGUUAAUACGGCUAUGCCAACACCCUCGCCUAUCCCCGUCCUCCAUCCUACUACAAUGGCUUCUGCUGCUGCUGUGCCUGCCGCGGCCUUAACGCCUGGUAGACACGAUAAUGUGCUUACUCACGACAUCAGCAAAUUGAAGGCUACUGAACCUGCUGAGCAAAGUCAACAGCACCGGGAUCAUAGCAAUGUGAGGGCCCAAACGCCAGUUAGUGGGGCCAAAUUAUCUUCUUCGCCCAUCCCUGCGCCCCGUCCUAUUGCAAUGGCUUCUAUUGCUGAUAUGCCUGCUGCGACCCUAACAUCCGGCAGAUACGGUACUGAACGUAACCAUGAUAUCAACAACUCGAGGACCUCUAAACAACAUUAUCCAUAA